AUGGAUUUAGAAAAAUUAAAAAAGAAACGAUCUGCUAUAAGAGCAGUAGUUACGAGGCUGAUAAAUAAGAUAGAAACAGAAAUUGCUAAUGAGAGGGAUGAAAAUGUAAUUGAAGAAAUGGUUGCUCAGUUAAUUAGUAAAGAAGAAGAGCUAAUCUUAGCGGAUAAUGGCAUUGAAACUUUAAUUGAUGUAGCAAAUUUAGAAGAUGAAAUAAUGUCUAGAGAAGAGUAUGAAAAUGUCAGAAUAAUCCACGGUUCUAUGACAGAUAUUGCGAAAGUAAUUGAUAAGUACUUAAAAGAAGGAAUCGCCGAAGAGACUAACAUUGGAAUUGGACCAAAAACGUAUUUUAUGCCACAUCAAGCCGUUAUAAGAGAAAACAAGGAAACUACAAACCUAAGUGUGGUUUUUGACGCUUCGUCACAUGCGGAGAAUUGUUUGUCAUUAAAUGACUGUUUACAUUCAGGUCCCAAGAUGUAUCCAGACAUAUUGAAAUUGCUCCGUAAGUUCCGUCAAAAUCGAAUUGCGUUUACAGCUGAAAUCAAACAAGCAUUCUUGCAGAUUUCUCUUGCUGAGGAAAACAGAAACGCAGUGAAGUUUCUAUGGAACGAUGGUGAAUUAAAUGGAACCAAAACAAAGGCUCUUCGUAUGACAAGGGUAAUUUUUGGAGCAACAUCUAGUCCGUUUCUUCUCAGAGCAACUCUUAAUGUACACGCUGACAAAUACAAGUCACAGUAUCCGAACGUAUUUUCCAUGCUAGCUGAAAAUAUGUAUGUUGACGAUUUAAUCGCUGGAGCAGAUGAAGAAUCAAAAGCAUUAGAGGAGAAUCGGAACAUAUUAAACGCAUACUGA